AUGAACCAAACUUCUGAAGAUGAAUCUCCAUUUAAUCCCGAUGAAUCGUAUGGAAUUCAAUUCCUGGCAAAAGAGCUCGCUAAAAAGCUUGAUCUGGCCGAUAUGACACCUGAUGUAGAAAAUAUCACCCUCGGGUGUAAGGGAAUUAGGCAUGUAGAACCUGACGAAUGUAACAGGACCAGUUUAGGAAAGUCAUGCUUGCAGCCUAUACUUCCAGCAGAUUAUGAGACCAGGAUCAAACAGCUGGCUUUUAAGGACAAUUUACAAAUUGAUGAUCAGUACACGGCAGUCAUAAAAUCGUUUACAGAUCAGAUUAAUGGAUCAUACGACGUUAUUAUUGUCAGCGCUGUUUCAUCUAAUCAUUUUAAGGAAUCGCAGGCAUUACUAAACUCACUGCAUACCGGCGUCUUUCCUCUGCUGACCGACUAUCUUUUAGUGGUGUUUGAUAUUGGCUUAUCUGUCGAGGAAAAGAUACAGUAUAAAAAAUAUUGCAGGUGUAUAGUUAUAGAUUUUCUUUUUGAGAAAUUUCCUCCUCACUUUAAAUCUUUGAAAUGUUUUGCCUGGAAGCCAAUAGCAGUCAGUGCUGUGUAUCCUAAAGCCAACGUUGUCAUUUGGGCAGAUGCGUCUGUUAGAUUCGUCUUGCCAGAGGCCAUACCUGCUAUGGUAUCAAAAACAAAACGCCAAGGUGUAGCCAUCCGAUGCAACCCCAAAUAUUUUGCUAAUCCAUACUACACUCUUAAGCAGAUGUUUCAAUAUUUUGGCGACUCGCCCUGUGCCCACCUACCAUUUGUAGAAGUUGAAAUGGCUUUUGGGAUGUUCCACAGAGAGCCAUUGGUUAAGAAAACUAUUCUCGAUCCUUGGGUUGGCUGUGCCCUUAAUGCAGCCUGCACAUGUCCAGUCCCGCAGCACACAGUUCAGUUCUGUCCACCACGUAUACAGCCUCCAAGAUUUGGCUACUGCAUGCGUUUACGAGGCUUCUGUGUUUACGAGGCUUCUGUGUUUACAGGUUUACGAGGCUUCUGUGUUUACAGGUUUACGAGGCUUCUGUGUUUACAGGUUUACGAGGCUUCUGUGUUUAGUGUUGACGAGGCUUCUGUGUUUACAGGUUUACGAGGCUUCUGUGUUUAG